AUGCGACGGACAAAUGUCGAGCGCUCUCACCUCAUAUCGGAUAUUCGCUUUCUUUUCUGUCGCUUAGCUGCUUUCUUGGACUUAUCCGUGGUGGCGGCUUUCGAGUGGUAUCACAUUUCCGUGAUACCACUACACCGCAGCCAAUUUACACCGCCGAUCAAUCGAGCGAGCAGCCAAUCAAUCAAUCGAUGCGGGAACGAAGAGUCAUCGUUGCCACUUUCAAAUCGGAACCGCGGAGACGGGCGGCCCCCGAAAUCGGCUCACUUCCCGGGGCGACUAUGGGCGGUGUGGUGUCAGAGCAGUUCUCCGGGACCUGGUGUCAGUCGGCCCACUCGCGGUGGCAUGGACGACCGUUCGGCGGCGGACGGUCGCGUCGGUGGCGGCGGACGCUGGCCCUCCGAGCACUGCGAGCGAGCUACGCGGCCGCGCGCCGCGGUGGAGCUCACAAAU